AUGGCUCGCGGCAGCAAAGCAUCAGCGGAGUCCGUCUCUCCCUCGACGGGCGACAAGAGGAAACGGGGGAGCAAAGCGGAAGAGCACGACGAGAAGUCGAAAGAAGAGGGCCAGGAGGAACAGUCCAGCGGCGCCAAAGAUGAUGCUGAGGAGGAGGAAGCAGGGGAUGAGCCAAAAACAAAAGCUGCCAAGACAGAGACAUCCUCCCCCCUCGAUUGGCUACUCAGCGAUGAUGCCUUCAACAUGGCCAAUCCCGAGAUACCGCAAGGUCACGGUGAAGUGGACUGGGCAGAUGGUCCUCACAAAAAUAGUCCCCCGCCCGAGAGCGCCGGGAAGGGCACCACCGACAAUAAAGAGAGCAAGGCUCAGGAUGAGAUCCUCCGCUAUCCCCAAUCCGCCCUCACGCCUUUCCAAAACCUCGUCGCUGCUUGUCUCCUCAGCAAGCCGUUCUCCCACCGGCUCGGUCUCCGGACCAUCCAGACCCUACUCAACCCUCCUUUCGGUAUACGGACGGUCGCCGAUCUGGACGAAGCCGGGUAUGAGGGACGGCGGAAGGUCAUGUGGGAGGCGAGAACGCAACACAAGGAGAAGACGGCGGCGCAGCUGGGCGAUCUGGUCGAUGGCGUCAAGGAGCUGUGCGGCGGGGAGGGGGAUGCCGAUGAGGAUCUGUCAGAGCUGAAGGGCCUCAAGGCGGAGUUGGAGGGAUUGGAAGCAGAGGCAGCCCAGGGAAAGGUCAAGGAGACCUUGACCAAGAUCAAGGGGAUCGGACCGGGAGUGGUGGGAAUCUUUCUCAGGCGGAUACAGGGAGACUGGAAGGAGGUGUUUCCUUAUGCGGACGACCGGUCUCUUGCGGCAGCGGUGCAGUUUGGGCUUCUGAAGGAGGGCGAAGGAGCGCAGGUGCUGGCGGACCAGGUGGGGAGUGAUCGGGCAAAGUUCGUGCGUCUGCUGGACACGUUGAUCGGGCUGGAUCUGGAGAAGGUACUGGAUGACGCAGUGAAGAAGGCCGGCGCAGAUAAGUAG